AUGGAGGAGCAGCGGGACCCGAGCAGCUCGGACAGCAGUGAGGGAGAGAGCGUCUCCCCGGAUCCCAGCCUGCCUUCGCCGCCCAUGCUACCUCUGCAGGUGGCCCAGCAGGCCCACAGAACCACCAACUUUUUCAUCGACAACAUUUUGCGGCCGGACUUCGGCUGCAGGAAGGAGCACGGCCUGGGCCCGCGGGAGAGGGCGCAGAGCUCCGGCCGGGAGCGCGUCCACCCGGCGGUCAGCAGGCCGAGCCUACCCGGGACGCCGUGCCAGGACUCCAACUGCAGCAGUGACAGCACCUCGUCAUCCGCCUCCUCCACCUCUUUGGCGAGUCCCAAAAAGAGUAACGGCGGCAUCAGCGGAGGAACCGCAACCUCCUCCACCGGGAGCAGCGGCCUGAAAGCCGAGGAGAGAACUGGCGGUGGGACCGGGGGGGACACGUCCUCUUCGGUAGUGGUGCUGAGCGGUUCUGGGGGGUCCACACCGGAGACCCAGCCGCUGCUGUGGCCGGCGUGGGUCUACUGCACCCGGUACUCGGACAGGCCCUCAUCUGGCCCAAGGACACGGAAACUGAAAAAGUCGAAAAGCGACAAAGAGGACAAGCGGCCGCGCACGGCCUUCACCGCGGAGCAGCUGCAGCGGCUGAAGACGGAGUUCCAGGUGAACCGGUACAUCACGGAGCAGCGGCGGCAGGCCCUCGCGCAGGAGCUCGGCCUCAACGAGUCCCAGAUCAAGAUCUGGUUCCAGAACAAACGGGCCAAAAUCAAGAAGGCCAGCGGCUUCAAGAACGGGCUCGCGCUGCAGCUGAUGGCUCAGGGACUGUACAACCAUUCCACCACCACCAUCCAGGAGGACAAGGAGGACAGCGACUGACCCCCCCCCCCCCCCUGUACUCUGUAAAUAGAUAUUCCUAAUUUAAUGAUUGGGGGCUCCUCUCAUGCACCUGAACACACCGCGGACUCUGGAGCUGCCCCCGCAAAACCAAAGAUUUUAUUGGCAACGAAGCCUGGUGGACACACGCAAACAAUAAAAAAGAAGCAACAUGCCCCCCCUCACCGAUGGGCUGAUGUCUCCGGGCUGCCCCCCCCCCCUGGCUUUAUGUCCCUUGUGUAUUGAGCGCACUGCAUUGUGUCGGUGAACA